AUGGAGGAUCCUGGGGGACACAUCCAAUACACUGGUCCGGUCUUCCCAGGGAACGGACCGUAUUUUCUGAAUGGGCAGCUCUCCUACAAGACCUUUGGGGAGGACACUCAGGGGGGGCCACGGAAGGAGCAGCUGGACCUCCACCCUGGGAGCUUCCAAAACCUCUCCCCUUCUCCUGGCUCCUACCCCAAACCCAACUCCCCAGUCUCCGAGACACACAGCAAACCCAACACUUUUGAUUGGAUGAAAGUUAAGCGGAACGCUCCUAAGAAAACCUCCCCUUCUGAAUAUGGAAUGAGCAAUCCUCCCAGCACAAUGAGGACAAACUUCACCACCAAACAACUCACAGAACUGGAGAAAGAAUUUCACUUUAACAAGUAUUUGACCAGAGCCAGGCGCAUAGAGAUUGCCAACUCCCUCCAGUUGAAUGACACCCAGGUGAAGAUCUGGUUCCAGAACAGAAGGAUGAAGCAGAAGAAAAGGGAGAGGGAAGGGAUCCUGCCAAGCCCCCCAAAUCCAGGAACUGUCACUGUGGACUUUCAGCAGAAAUCAGCCCAUAAGACUGAGCCCCUUUCCCCAUCCAAUGAGAUCCCUUCUUCCUAG